CCCCCGCGCUGCCGCCGCGCGUGCCCCGGAUCGCCAGCGGGAUGAACCAGGACGGCGCUAGGCCGCUCUCCGGGGAGGUGAAGCUGCCCACCAGGAUCCACUACGCGACGCGGGAGGGCAUGCUGGCGCAGGUGAGGACGCGAUCGAGACCGCCGCGACGGCGCGUGGAUAGUCCUCGCUGUUGAAACUCUCACCCGGAAACGGACUCACUGCCCGCGAUAACCUUGAUCUUGAUGGCUACAUUUAACUUUGUGCUGACAGGAGAAGAAAUGCAUUCUCACGCAACGGUUCUCAUUUUGUUAUUUUCGAAAACUGGAAAGAGUUGUGUGCCUUUUCCGGCACAGUAUAGGGCGUACGCACACUCGGCCUCGCACGACUGGGUCGUUGCCAUUGCUUCUGUGUGGGGUAGGACACACAAAGAGUGUGCGCACAGAAUCCCAGAGUGUCGUGUUACCUCAUCAUAUCGUCGCCCCACGCGUCCCAAAUCCACCGUCCCGAGCCGCCCGCCGCGUGAUAAGUAGAUUGUGUGAUGGCGCCGCGACCACACCAUUCUGCCAAACCCCGGCCCCGGGGCUGAACGUUCACGUCGCCGAGGUGCAGGGUGCUCGCGACCCUCGCCGCCAUGAAGACCAAGGCUGCCAGCGUGCAGGGCGGCCCCCAGGAGGCCAAGACCGCCAGCUUCAUCAUCACCGACAACGUCCCGCCGGCCGCGGCCUCGGCCCCGGCCACGGCCAAGCCCCGCAGGAGCAAUGUUAACGCCGCCAUGUGGCUGGUGGCGGGCGCCCUCGUCAUGCUGUCCGUGGGCGCGGGGUGUCCCAUCGGCUUCUCCGGCGCCGUGCUGCCGCAGCUGCAGCACCCCAACUCCAGCAUCCCCACCGACGGCGACACUGCCUCGUGGAUCGUGAGCAUGCACUCGGCGUCCACCCCCAUCGGCACGCUGCUGUCCGGGCCGCUCAUGGACCGGCUGGGCCGCAACCGCGCCCUGCAGGUGUCCACGCCGCUGCUGGCCGCGGGGUGGCUCGUGCUGGGGCUGGCCCAGAACACCGCCAUGCUGCUCGUGGGGCGCGGCAUGUGCGGCGCCGCCGUCGGCAUCCUGGCCGCGCCCUCGCAGGUGCUGCUGGGCGAGAUGUCGGAGCCGCGGAUGCGCGGCAUCUUGGUGGGCGUGCCCUACGUGUCCUACUCCAUCGGCAUCCUCUACGUGUUCCUCACGGGCUGGCUGGUGUCGUGGCAGUACGUGUGCGCCCUGUCCGCGGUGCCCGCCGUCGCGGCCUUCGUGUGGCUGCGCUGCCUGCCCGAGAGCCCCGUGUGGCUGGUGCGCCAGGGCCGCCUCAAGAAGGCCCAGGAGACGCUCGACUGGCUGCGGGGCGGCGCCGGCAGCGUGCAGAGCAAGGUUGAGAUGGACCAGCUGGUCUCGCGCGCCGCGGCCGAGAAGGCGGACAACGCCGGCAAGAACACCAGCGUGUGGCGCCUGUUCCUGCAGCCGCACGUCGUCAAGCCCAUGGUCAUCAUGAACGUGUACAACCUGCUGCAAAGCUUGUCGGGCACUUUCAUCAUCAUCUUCUACGCCACGGACCUCCUGGAGCCCGUGAUGCCGCCCAACAUAAGCGCCAAGCUGGUGGCCAUCUUCACCGCCGUGGUGCGCCUCGUCAUGAGUGGCGUGGGCUGCGCGCUGCUGCAGCGCGUCGGCCGCCGCCCCGUGGCGUUCGUGUCGGCCGCGGGCUCCGCCGUCUUCACCGCCGUGCUGGGGCUGGUCGUGUACUACGGCUGGUCGGGCAAGGACAGCUACCUGGUGCCCAUCCUGGCGCUGCUGUACGUGGCAAUGUCGUCCUUCGGCAUGUUCAUCAUGCCCGGCCUCAUGAUGAGUGAGCUGCUGCCCACCAGCGUCCGCGGCGUCGCCAGCGCCGCCACCACCAGCAUCUUCAACAUCUUCCUCUUCGGCUUUUCCAAGGCCUUCCCAUCCCUCGAGCGGCUGCUGGGCAGCGCAGGCUUCUUCUGGCUCUUCAGCGUGUCCUCGGUGCUCAACCUGCUGUGGUCGUUCCUGUUCCUGCCGGAGACCAACGGGCGCAGCCUCAACGAGAUCGAGGACUACUUCUUGGCCGGAGUGUGGCUGUGGCACCGGCGCCCGAGACGAAGGCCGCUGUCCACGGUGGUGGAAGGUUAGAAGGUCAGCAAGCUUGAGACUUUCAAACCACCCACACGACACGGACGCCGCUCGUCGGACAGACAGUGACUGCUUCGGCGAUAGUUUUGGCUUUUGGACAUGCUGCGGUGUGGCGCAAGCUUGUGUUCCCGUCCGCGCGUCUCGAGGCGCCAAGUCGCGCCAAGUAGACCAAGUGGGAGUGGGCUCCGCGCGAGGCUCCGCGCGAGGCUCCGCGCGUCACUGCAGCGGCAUGGCGCCGCUCGGGCCCGCCAAGUUUGCCUGCCCGGCCGGCGCCUUCCCCCUGGGUUCGCCCUCCCCAAAGACUCUAGUCUCACGCCGCCGCGGCGCGACUCCUCCAGGAGCUUGGUCAGCACCUGUCCGGGACCGCGACUCUGUUAGCAGGCGGUCAUUCAUUGUGAUAAAAAGCGGGGAGGCAACUCGCAACAGCGCGAUCUCAGUCAGGCAACCGCUGGUCAGACCGAGUCAGACAUCCAACUGAUCGGGAUGUGUUCUCCGCUAUUCGGAUCAACGAGGCUGUGAAAACUUGAAGUAUAUUAUUUCUGUUGUGUUUGUUCCGUUUGCUGUAAUCAAAUUGCAGGCUGUUUCGGUAGGCUUCGCCCUCCUUGCUCCCUUUGUUUAAUUAAUAGAUGAGUGAUCUAGCGAUCUGGGAGCCCCGUUCCUUUCCGCAGUGGCCGCAGGCAGGCGGGGAAGAACGCGGUUCGCGGGCCGCAACCUUGUAUCUCAAUGUGAAUGUACAAAGAAUUUGAUCUUCUUGUGUUAAAUGUGUAAGUUAUUUUUAAAGUAAAUAUAAUAAAUUGUAAAAAAAAGGAGACAUGA